AAAAAAACCAACGUCAGGACACGACAUUGAAGAGCGUACAAGGUAUCGACACAAUUUGAGGACCAUCAUUUGGUAUUGCUUCACUUGUUAAGAACAUACGUUUAAAAUUCAUUUAAUAAAAUAUUGUUGAAUUGAAUCGAACUUUCCAUUUCCUGUUAAACUUAAAGGUUUCUUUCUCAGUACGAGCUCCUGUUUGGAUAUGAGCCGCCUAAUGGCUCCAAGGACAACUCGCGCCACAAGGGCUUAUAUUUCGGCAGCUAGUGUUGACAGAAGUCUGUGCUCGUCACUCUCCGACGGCCCGCGGUGCCUCGGGCAGCUGCGUUGGGACAGCUUGGGCUGUGUCUUCGUGGGCGACCGAACGCCGUGCGCCCGCCCGCCCGCAUCUGCCACCGCUGCGUCACGUGGUGCUUUGGCGCUCUCAACCUGCGUUGCUUUGGGCCUGCGUUCCCUACCCGGAGAAGAAAAGCUUAACUUGUGGCCAUCUCACUGCCCUCCACGGACGGAGCCAGAUGGGCGGGAGUGACGUCACAGUCUAUAUUAUGACGUCACUCGAGAUGUGUGUGAUUGUAUUAUCCCACUGCAUCUGCUCUGUGCAACUUGCAGCUUCAAAGAACGGCCCCAGGGAGAGGGCUCACCUGCACGCCUGCGUAUCCCAUCGGGCCCAGGAAGCGCUCGCACUCGGCGGCGAUGUCAGAGAACUUCCACUCGAAGAGGUGCACGAUGGUGUUGCGUCCGUCCACCCAGUGAGGGUCCUUCUGGGCGACGGCGACGGCCGCCAGGGCGGGCAGCAGCAGCAGGAGGGCGCGCAUGGUGGCGGAGGGAGGGAGAGGGGAUGGAACGACGGCCCUACCUCUCUGUGGGCCGCCUCGCAGGCCGGGCUUAUAUAUCCGUCGCUCCUUACCCCGGGCUGA